CUGAGGAGGAGACACGGACUCAGAGGGAGAGGGAAGCUGGUGUUGCGUGGUUAUCCUCGUGUUAGUUGUCUGAUCUGAAAGCCUGAUCCAGAAUCCAGGGGUAGAGGGGGGGGCAGGGAGACAGAGGCAUGCCCAGCACGAGUGCUGCUAGGUGGGGGAGAGUUUAGACGUGACGGGGUCUCACAGAGCAUGGAACCCUGAGCUCCACAGAGAAACUUCUGCACUUCACUUUCACUUUCUGUCUCACUCCGGACGCCAAUGGACAGGGUGGGUCAGCACCUCUUUUUCUCUGGUCUGUUUAUGUCCUUUAUGGUUGACUAUUUUGAUCUGAGAGUAACAUGGGAAGUUGUGUGGGCAUAUGUGCGUGCUUGCGUGUGUGUACUGUGCAUGUGUGCUAGCAUUUGAUUUCAGCUCAUCCUGGUGAUAUCAUUGUUAUAGCCUGUCUCUGGUGGGACACACUUCCGUGGAUGUGGGAUAUCUCAUUGUCUGAUAUUUUCAUUAGCCUCCUGUGUCUUGUUUUAGGCCUGGACAAUAUCUUGCUCCCAUAGCCUCAGGACGGUGCUUUUCUCAUAUCCUAUCCUCUGAAAUCUUUCAAGUGCCAGUCUUUUGUUUAAAUGGACAAUAAUACAAUGGAUUGUUUUAAUUAUAGGGCAGUUUUGUUUCUAGGAUCCUACACUAUUUUCUCCUGUUUAAAAAAAAAAAUGAUUCUGAUAUUCUAUCAUUUAGAGAUAUGAUCUGUGUGAUGGUGGUGCACUGGGAACUAGUAGCCUAUUCAACAGAUUCUAUCAACUCUUUAUGUUGCUGUUUGAUUAUGCAAAUAGUUGAACAAUGAGUAGCCUAAAGCAUAAAUAUUCCUAAUUUCCCGCUCAGUCUCUGUGGCUUUUUUGGCCAUACUCCAUGUUCUGGUUAUACACUCUUAGAAAAAAGGGUUCCAAAAGGGUUCUUUGGCUGUCCCCAUAGGAUAACCCUUUUUGGUUCCAGGUAGAAAAGGUUCUACAUGGAACCCAAAAGGGUUCCUUCUAUACCUGGAACCAAAAAGGGUUCUUUAAAGGGUUCUCUUAUGGGGACAGCCAAAUAACAGUUUUGCAUUCUAGAUAGCACCUUUUUUUCUAAGAGUGUAGUCCAAGCAAGCAAGAUAGGAACUAGGUUUAAGUUCUGUUCAGUUUGGACAGGGUUAACUCAGUUGUUUACAGCUGGCUCAGUGAAGUGUCGUUGCCACUGAUGAGUUCUGUCAGUGAGAGAGACAGUUCAACGUCUGCUCUACUACUGUCAGUUUUUGUGAGGUAACCGUUCUGUAAAAAUGUUAAUAUGAGUGAAAUCCAGGAGUGGCCGUUGCUAAGAUUCCAGCAGCAGUAGCAUCUUAGUUACAGAGCAAUAUCACACCAGUGAGAGAAAAACACAUUACACAAAUAGGGCUAGCAAGAAUUUCCCAGCCAGUUUACACAGGAAGACUACUGCUGCCCAGAGCAAAGGGAGAAGACUAAGAAAAAACGAGGCAAAAGGGUUUCAAAGUCAUCCGGUCCUGGGUCAGAUGUGUGGCUCGUGAUAACAUUUUAAAAUAGGAUCUCAUCGUGAAGCAUUGUGGGGCUUUUGUUUCUUAUUUACAUGGAAUCUGUAUCCUGUGUCCAAAUUAACAGUCUGUUUCAUUAUGAUAAUCCAUUCAGAUGUCUGCUAUUUUUAGCCUUAGAAGAAAACGAGGAGGCGGGCCCUGUUCCCCUCUUAAAGGGAUACUUCCCCAGUCAGAUGAACUCGUAGAUACCAUUUUUAUGUCUCUGCGUGCAGUUUGAAGGAAGUUGCUAACUAGCGUUAUCGCAAUUGCUAACUAGUGUUAACGCAAUGACUGGAAGUCUAUGGUAAUUGCUAGCAUGCUAGUAGAUGCCAUAGACGUCCAGUUAUUGGUCCCGGGGAUCGAACCCACUACCUUGGCGUUACAAGCGCCGUGCUCUACCAGCUGAGCUACAGAGGACCACAGUUAUUGUGCUAACGACAGUUAGCACUGGCUCGCGAAACUACCUCUAACUUCCUUCAUACUGGAUGCAGAGACACUAGUUCAUCUGACUCUGGGGAAGUAGAUAAAGUCCCGAAGUAUCCCUUUAAAACAAAGCCUGUUUGAAAUGUAAACCAUCAGUAUCCAAGCUGAAACAAUUAAGCCCCCAGAGGCCUUUCAUCUGGUCUUAUUUGCAUUUUAAUCAAAGACAAAGUCUGGGUAUUUAAUUAAUCAUAUUUUUCAGGUAUACCUUUAGAUUCAGGUGUCAAAUAGAAAUAGGCCAUGGGUGUGUGUGUGUGUGCACGUGCGUGUGUGUGUGUGUGCACGAGUCUGCGAGUGUGUGCAUGAGCAUGCAUGCGUGUGUGUGUCAGUGCUUUUGUGUGUGUUUGCGCCUGUGUUGCGUUGGCCCUGAAUGUGUGUGUUGCGUUGGCCCUGAAUGUGUGUGUUGCGUUGGCCCUGAGUAAUAAAACCUUUCUGUAGUGGUGGUUAAUCAGCCCAAUGAGCCUUCAGAGAGACAAGGACCUCUCGUCUCUUUCCAGCCCAGUUCAUCACUAAACACCCCUUGUUGUUUUGAUGCUCCCUACUAAUUGAUGCAGUUACGUAACCCAUCGCCUGCUUUGACCAGAGACCAGGACUGGAGGGCCAGCUGACGAAUGUCACCAUAAUUAAUGGAAAUGGCCAAUUUCUCUAGUGUGAAGCUUUUUUAUAUUCAUAGAGACAUUGUGCUUUGUAUUGUCUAGCCAGAAAUCUAAAGGGGGCCAACCCUUGUCGCUGUUGUCCUGUCACGAUCGUUUACGGAUGAGACGGACCAAGGCGCAGCGUGAUAAGCAUACAUGUUUAUUUAAACAUAAACACCACGACAAAACAACAAACGAAACGUGAAGUCCAAGGUAGACAAAUAACACACACCACUGGCCUUGUGCGGGAAGCAGGAAUGGGUCGGGCCGUACUGGGAACACGCACCACUGGCUUAGUGCGGGGAUCAGGAACGGGCCGGACCGGACUGGCGACACACACCACUUGCUUGGUGCGAGGAGCGGGACUGGGUUCCCUUAUAAACCUCCGCUCCUUCUGCUGCCUAACCAGCUCCUCUCGCCGUGCCUCUACACUCUCCUUCUCCCUUAUCGCCUCCUGUAGCUCCUCCCUCUGACCAAUUAACUCCUGCUCCCUCUGGACCAAUAGCCCCCGUAACCUGGUGGCCUCCUCUCCUAGUCUGCAGAUUCGCCCUGUCGCUGCCUCCUGCUGCCUCGUCGUCCACUCCGUGUGCCCCCCCCCAAAAUUUUCUUGGGGUUGCCUCUCGGGUGUCCGUCGUCGGCACGGUUGGCGCCGUUUCUCCUCUCCUGCCUGGGCAUUUACCUUCGCCCAUGGCCCUUUCCCCGCGAAUAUCUCCUCCCAUGACCACCAUUUGCCCACCUGAGACAUCGCUAUUUUCUCUUCCUGGGCACGCUGCUUGGUCCUCAUUAGGUGGGAUCUUCUGUCACGAUCGUUUACAGAUGAGACAGACCAAGGCGCAGCGUGAUAAGCAUACAUGUUUAUUUAAACUUAAACACCACGACAAAACAACAAACGAAACGUGAAGUCCAAGGUAGACAAAUAACAUACCUCACACGGAACAAGAUCCCACAACUAACAGGUGCCAAAAGGCUGCCUAAGUAUGGUCCCCAAUCAGAGACAACGAACUACAGCUGCCUCUGAUUGGGAACCACCCUGGCCAACAUAGAUCUACACGAUCUAGAAACUCAAACAUAGAAAACUAAACAUAGAAACUACACACCCUGGCUCAACAUUUAAGAGUCCCCAGAGCCAGGGCGUGACAUGUCCCUAGUUUCCCAGCACGUUUGUGAUGGCUGUGACAAUGUCAGCUCUAAUGAGCCCACUGCCUUGUCACUGUCCCAUGUCCCCAGUCUCUCUGUCCCCCUACUGAACAGAGCCUUAGCCAGCAUAGCACAUAGUUAUCAUAGGGUUCCACAGGAAGCAGCAUUUCCAACUCUAGGUUUACUAAGUAGUUAUAAUUGGAGUUGUUUGCACUGUAUGUGAAGCAGUCUAUUACUUUGUCUCAUAGCAUCUUUUAUGAUGGUCUAGACUUACUUUUCCAGGACCCAUGUAAAAGGUUUUUCAAAAGUUGAUUUCAAUGGAUGCUUUUGUUGCUGAAGGUCCUUCACUGAGUAGCUUACUCUCCUAUGUCCCAUUUCCUCUGGUGUAUUGCUAGGAUACAAAGAUCCAUUAUUCUGUGACCUUUAUUAUGACAUAAAUGUAGCCUAGCCAACCAUACCUCACCUGUCCUGUUUCUAUGAGAGUUGCAUAUUCUGCCUGCCAAUUUAGUCUCAAAGAUACCGAUGGAAAAAAGCAUGACAUUUUACUGUGGCUAAAUGAUUUGCCAGGUCGGGUCAUGACGCUUAUGUGUGUGUGUUGUUUACAAAGCCAUCUGGGGUUCCAUUUUGAGAUUCACAUUGAAUGUGCUCCCGAGUGGCGCAGCGGUCUAAGGCACUGCAUCUCAGUGCUAGAGGCAUCACUACAGACCCUGGUUCGAUUCCAGGCUGUAUCACAAUCCGGCCGUGAUUGUGUGUCCCAUAGGGCGGCGCACAAUUGGCCCAGCGUAGUCCGGGUUAGGGGAGGGUUUGGCCGGGGUAGAACGUCAUUAUAAAUAAGAAUGUGUUCUUAACUGACUUGCCUAGUUAAAUAAAGGUAAAAAAAUAAAAAUAAAUAAUACUUACACUAGUUUAUCGAUGUAUAAAAUAAUGCGCAUUUACAGAGUAUAUGAAGAAGAAAAAUACAGGAACUGAGACACACACACACACACACACACAGGGAAGUGCCAGAGAUAAAUAGUUUAAAAAAGGUUAAAUAAAACAAAGAAUGGCCAUCAUGUUCUGUCCUCUCCCCCAACAACAGUGGGAGUGGUGAAAAGACAACAACAAAGAAUGUGGAGUCUAUCAAGGACACUCUGACACGGUUACCAUAGGAACAUGCUCUUGUUUGACACCCCUCAAACGAAGCUGGCAAGCCACCAUAAUAAGUAUUUUCCUCAUUUGUUUUGUCUUAUUGCUCAAGAUAACUCUGAGAGAGAGCACCGUUUUCCAAAACAACAACACCGCUUUCGAUCAAAUUGUCCCAAGUGUCUGAUAAGGACAGAGUCGUUACUGAUUGUCUGGUACUCAGCAUUUUGAGUGAUCUGGAAAAGGCUGUCUGUAUAAGGUUGAAUGUAGAUAAGUGUCUGGGGGGAUCCCAGAGUCAGAUGAACUCGUGGAUACCAUUUUUAUUUCUCUGCAUGCAGUAGGAAGGAAGUUAGCAGUAGUUUCACGAGCCAAUGCUAACUAGUGUUGGCGCAAUGACUGGAAGUACACAGUCUACAGGUACGGUGGUAUUACAUAGCAGCCAGACCGCUAGCCAGGCCAGCUCUUUAUGAUUAAAGAGUGUUUUAAUGAGGGAAAGGGAUGGCGUCCUCAUGGACUGUGGGGAAGAGAGGCCAGAUAUACCUGGACAAAUACAGGAGGAUCACUAGAGCCUUAUCACCAGCUGUCAGUCCAGCUGUCAGUCCGGGGCAGGGAGGGACGGAUGGACAAUAUUUGCAUGGUAUAACGCCAUACUCCCGUCACUGACUCUCACUGUCGUUGUUCCCCUCCCGUCCAAAGAGGGCGCUGUUGGAGCAGAAGCAGCGGCGGAAGCGGCAGGAGCCUCUGAUGGUGCAGCCCAACCCAGAGGCCCGGCCCAGGCGCUCAAGGCCCCGGCGCAGUGAUGAGCAGGCCCCGCUAGUGGAGUCACGCCUCAGCAUCACCAGCGAUGUCAUCAUGGACGGUGAGCCUUGGUUCUUGGGGUUAGCUACUGAACUAGCUAGCAUGAUUAAGGGCAAGAGUUUUUCCUGUUCAGGAAGUCCCUGAAUUUUUCCGGGGUCAGAUCACACGAUCGGGAAAAAGGAAGCAGUGCUGAGUGAUUGAACCCAAGUCCACAGUCAGAGAUAGACAGUUGUUGGUGUUGGCUAUGAAGAAGAAUACUUUAAUGAUCCAUUUUCUUUCCAGUCCAGAGUGAGGGCAGUACGUCAGGUGAGGAUAGUGAGAGGGAGUGGUGGCAGAAGGUGGGGCCAGGCCCCAUGUUGCCCAGGAAAGCAGGGAGAGGGCCAGUCAUGGAGCUCACUCUGGAGGAGCAGAGUGGCCUUCCAGAUCGAGGUAGAAUAGACCAGUCAGGAAAUACAAGGCUAUAGAAAAAGUGCUUAUAUAGAAUAGGAUUAUAAACAUUGGUGCAUCCCACUUCUGACACCAAUCGCCUGUACAUUGGCAUGCUGCAUAUGUUAGUCUCUCACAUACUGGGAUACAAUGUUAGAAAAUGUUCCUACAAACAGUCAGGAAACGAAUACGUUGAGGUGUGUGUGUGCGUGCGUGCACGUGCGUGUCUAAUUUAAACGCCUCCCUCAGUCAAGGUAGUGGAGGAGACACCCAGGAAGCUGUUCUCUCUGAUGCCCAGAUGGGCCUUCAGAUGGGGAGGAGAGAGUCACAUUCAGAGAGGCAGAGCAGCAUUCAGACUCCCAGGCAAGAAAAGGGCAAGCUGAAGCCACCUGCUCAGUGCAGCAUAUCACUCCAUAGCACAAGGCUAACUAUAAAGAGGAGCUCUGACAUGAACAUAGAGGAGAGGUACUACAGAGAAACACAGCUGCAAGCAGACGGCUAAGUAAUAAGGCAUAAGUAAUCAAAUCACCUCAGGGAAGCACAGAUAGAAGCACAGGAAUACAGGACAGCUCUUGGAGAAGUAGACAGCUGGGUGCUCAAACACACAGACAAGCAGGACAAAGUCAUUAACAUAAUUCAAGACAUUAAAACAAAGUUUAUGAAUGCGCCCCACCCUGCAGGUAUCGACGGCCCUGCUGCCUUCAUGGGCUCUGAGGCCCCAGACCUGGGUAACAAGAUCCAGAUUCUGUCGGUGAGCCAGUCCCAGCCCCUGUCUCUGUCCCAGCCGCUGCCCCAGUCUCCCCCUGCCGAGGAGCCAGACCGGGACGGGGACACAGAGACUCUGCUGGAGCCCAAGACGGAUAUCCACGAGCUGCUGCAGAAACGAGGUGAGCCUUGAGAAAGGGUUCAGACAGGGAGUCAGGACAGCCAGUUAGGACAGAAGUUAGGAGUGCUAAAGUGGAGUGUUAAAGAGUUCUGUCAAUAGGUAAGGCUGGGGGGUUUCCUGAACACCUUACCUGACCAGGAAAUACUCUGGGGCCUAGUUAUGGUCAGACCAUGUGACCAGGAAAUACUCUGGGGCUUAGUUAUGGUCAGAACAUGUGACCAGGAAAUAGUCCUAACCCUAUGGCCUACACAGCACAGACAAUGUCUCAUACGCAGUAGUGCUAUAGACAUGCGUCAUCUACCCUGAUAAAUCCUCUGGGUCGCCUCAGCACACGAAUACCAAGCAGCUUCAGAGAUCACAUCCCGUCUGCUGAUCUGGCGGGCCUCACGGCUACACAGACAGGGCACUCAAUAUAAGUGUCACUUUCACACCUCUGGGCUGGUAGAGGCACUUUGUAGUCUAGUGAGAGGACAGGCUGAACUGAUAGAGAGAGAGAGAAAUGCAGGAUAGAGUGAGAGGCAGGGGUGAGAAGAAAAAGAAAGCAAAGGAGGACAGGUGAGAAAUUGGAGCGUGGGAGCAUAUCUGGUCAACAUCCUUGUUCAGGGACAGUCUCAGUGAGAAAUUGGAGCGUGGGAGCAUAUCUGGUCAACAUCCUUGUUCAGGGACAGUCUCAGUGAGAAAUUGGAGCGUGGGAGCAUAUCUGGUCAACAUCCUUGUUCAGGGACAGUCUCAGUGAGAAAUUGGAGCGUGGGAGCAUAUCUGGUCAACAUCCUUGUUCAGGGACAGUCUCAGUGAGAAAUUGGAGCGUGGGAGCAUAUCUGGUCAACAUCCUUGUUCAGGGACAGUCUCAGUGAGAAAUUGGAGCGUGGGAGCAUAUCUGGUCAACAUCCUUGUUCAGGGACAGUCUCAGUGAGAAAUUGGAGCGUGGGAGCAUAUCUGGUCAACAUCCUUGUUCAGGGACAGUCUCAGUGAGAAAUUGGAGCGUGGGAGCAUAUCUGGUCAACAUCCUUGUUCAGGGACAGUCUUAGUGAGAAAUUGGAGCGUGGGAGCAUAUCUGGUCAACAUCCUUGUUCAGGGACAUGUCAGUGAGAAAUUGGAGCGUGGGAGCAUAUCUGGUCAACAUCCUUGUUCAGGGACAGUCUCAGUGAGAAAUUGGAGCGUGGGAGCAUAUCUGGUCAACAUCCUUGUUCAGGGACAGUCUCAGUGAGAAAUUGGAGCGUGGGAGCAUAUCUGGUCAACAUCCUUGUUCAGGGACAGUCUCAGUGAGAAAUUGGAGCGUGGGAGCAUAUCUGGUCAACAUCCUUGUUCAGGGACAGUCUCAGUGAGAAAUUGGAGCGUGGGAGCAUAUCUGGUCAACAUCCUUGUUCAGGGACAGUCUCAGUGAGAAAUUGGAGCGUGGGAGCAUAUCUGGUCAACAUCCUUGUUCAGGGACAGUCUCAGUGAGAAAUUGGAGCGUGGGAGCAUAUCUGGUCAACAUCCUUGUUCAGGGACAGUCUUAGUGAGAAAUUGGAGCGUGGGAGCAUAUCUGGUCAACAUCCUUGUUCAGGGACAGUCUUAGUGAGAAAUUGGAGCGUGGGAGCAUAUCUGGUCAACAUCCUUGUUCAGGGACAGUCUUAGUGAGAAAUUGGAGCGUGGGAGCAUAUCUGGUCAACAUCCUUGUUCAGGGACAGUCUCAGUGAGAAAUUGAUCAUUUUAUCAUGUGUAAGAGGUAAGAGCAGCAUCCACCUAACACAUUACCUAUUUAUGCCACCUCACCUCCUUCUGGCUGGUCCACAACCUGUUGCUGCUGUCCUUUCGGUUGUCCUCGUUAAAAGCCAUUGCGCAGUGCUAAAACCUUUUCCCUGCUCUGGAUACUACUUCCUCCCAGGGCUGUGGGGCUGCAGUGUGCAGUUAUAGAGCCGGCCGGCGGAGGGCGAGAUUGAUGGUGACGCAGUGAGAAAUGGAUCAUUUUAUCACGUGUAAGAGGCAAGAGUAGCAUCCACCUACCACAGUACCCCUAUAUGCCACCUCACCUCCUUCUGGCUGGUCCACGAUGAGUGUUGAAGUCUCUUUCAUUUCCUGAGACUAAUUCAAUAUCAUUUUGUACUGUUACUGUGCUAAAUGACAAGCUAAAUAAAGAUAGCCAGGUCUAUAUCCGGGAGGGAGAUGUAUUACCUAGUUAAACCUGAGACACAGAUUAAGGGCAGUAUAUUACUGCAUUAGCCUCCGUUUUUUAAGGAUCUUCUCCUGGAAAGCAACAAGAGGGCAGGUGACACUCCCCUCUCUAUAAUGCAAACCUUCAUCAUGAAUGAAUGUCUGGUCUGCUUAGUGCUACUGAGAUACAGCCUGUCCUCCGGUGCCUUAGAUAGAAUCUAUCUGCCUGGCUGCAUUUUUGAUUUCCCAGUGGAAACGAAUUGAAAUGGAAACGGCAAAGGAUUAAUAAUAGCCUUCUGCCUCCAUUUCGAUUUGACUUGGGGACGCUAUUCAAUCAAAACUGGUUAGUGAGUUUCCAGGGUAAAGUUCUUUAUGUGCUGUGAGACUGAGAGAAAGUGAUUGUUUGAAAUUAUCCCAUUUACAACAUGAGCAUUGAGCUCUAUCUUUUUUUUAAUAAAAGUUGUAUUAUCAGCACGCUUUGACAUUUUCAUUUGGCUGAUUAGUAAAAGCAGUGAGUCUGCAAAACUUUGUGUGUUGUUUUAAUUGAUGCCUUGGAGUCACUAUUAGAGUGUAGCUGACAUUUACGAUCUGUAUUUCAUGUUUGGCAGUACCCUGACAUUUAGACACAUCUCCGGGGCUAGAUGGAGUGAACACCACUGUGUACAUAUUGUUUCUAGCCACGUUGGCCAAUACAUAUGCGUUUAUCCGCAGAGGCGUGGGACAUCUCACUCAGCCCCUCCCCCUCUCUGACUGACCCCACCCGCGGCAGGGUGGUCCAGUUGAUAGGUGCAGUGGAGGAGGGGCUGGAGGAGGGCCCGGAGGAGGGGCCAGAGCGCCCACUGUCUGCCAGAGAGAAACUACUCCAGUCAGGUAGUAGAGAGCAGCCUGCCGUUCCCAUGGUUACGGGGCCGGAGUGAAGGUUGCUGGGUUUCUGUCUCUCUCUCCUUUCCUCUCUCUCUCUGCAGCACUAACUAUAUGGAGCACAGGUGAAACUGAGGUAGGAUACAACAACAGUGAAUGACAUAGUUACUGAUAAUAACCUAGUCAUUGGGUGUAAAGUGCUAGAUAUCAUAUUCUGGCUUCAAGAUACGCUGAGUAAGUGACUUUAAUGCACAUUACAAGAAAAACUGGCAUCAUAACAUUUAGUAUUUCAUGUAUCAUCAACGAUGGAACACUUUGAGAGCGGAAAUUUUUCCCCUGCUCACUUUGAAUUCUACUUUCGCACCUAAAAGAUGCUUUCUCAUUAAAAUAUUCCACAGCGCCAGCCAGCACCAGCCAGAGUCACAGCUGGUCAAUCCAAUUAGCAGCAUUACUGACACCUGUCCAGAGCAGCUCCCACAGAGGCCUGUCUGAUCACACCGUGCUGGUUCUGUCUGGCUGGCAGCUCUCAGUACGAUUUCUGCUUCAUCUCUCUAAUUUCCCUCGUUCCUAACUAACCCCUUUACAUUGGACUAUCAGGGCCGGUUUCGCGGACACCGAAUACUCCCGGACUGAAAAGCUAAACGUGCUUUUAGUACAAGGCUUAAUCUGGUUCCAGGAAACCAGCUCUCAGUGAUGGAUAAAACACAUUGAAGAUGGAGAAUCUAUUGUCUUGUAUUUUACAGUAUUCUUUCCAAUGUGGAAAUAUACAGGGCUCAGUAGUCGACUAACAGUGGUGUCUGGGCAUAAUGAAAGCUGCUGGGAUGGCUAGAGGUUCAUAACAGGUCUCUUCUAUCGUAACCUGGUUACUGGGUAGUCUCAUCUGUUCUAUACAGAAAAGUUAUUCCUCAAUGGGUCUCAACAGUUAAUCAGCACUAUUUCGCUUCUGCUUUCCUUCCUAUCCUCUGCCAGCUGUUUUGAGGUCAGGCUGUCUCCUCAAAGAUAUUUUGGACUACUAAAUAUUUUAGAGAGCAGUUUCAGCUGCAUACUGGUAAUAUAUGUCCUUUUCCGAUUGCAGAAAUAUUGCAUCAUUCAUAUUUUCAACUGGGGUAGUAUGAUGACUUAGUUGGAACAAAUCAAAGGCUAUGUGAUCAAAAAAUAAAUCUGAAUAUAUUUGAAGAAAUAUGUUGCCCAUAUCCAUUACAUGCAAGCUAAUCACUUUGGGUCCCAGGAGAAAAAAUCUCUCCUUGAGUCAUGGCAAUAAGAACCUAUGGGAUUACUGAGGAGAUAUGGAGGUGUUUUCAGCUUGGCUGGGCAUCUGAGAUGAUCUCUCCUGUCUGCAUAGAACCCUGGGUCCUCUGAUCUCAACCAAUGGCGUGUAAGAUGUAGGCCACAUCUCCCAUAGCGCAUUCUUUCUCCCUUGACCAGGUCUGUCAGGCAGUAUGAACUACGAAGAGGCCAGUGAGGAAGAUGGUGAUGAAGACCGGACCCGCUCGCUGUCCCCCAACACAGAGUCAACCCGGCCUGCGUCUGCCUCCAGCACCAAGUCCAACACAGUGAGUCCAACCAUAUCAUAUCAUUAGACGCACUUACAUAGCUAUGUGUCUAUGGCUUGUGAGUAAGACUUCUAAUGUAUUCAUUACACAUGACAAAUAAAGUUGUCACUUGAAGACGCAUAGAAAUGCAUGAAGACACUGAAACAACAAGAUGGCAGAUGAAUGUUGUCCCCCGUACUCCUGGACCGUAUCUCCUUUAUAACAGUGAUUGGCCGGUAUGUUUUGUGAUGUAGCAGUGUGUGUCUUUUUCCGCCUCUCAGGAGUACGUGACACCGGGGUCGCCCACGGCGGAGAGCGCCCUGAUCGAAGUGGACAACCUGGAGCAGUUUGUGGUGCGUCCCGCCCCCCGCGGCGUCACCGUCAAGUGCCGCAUAUCCCGGGACAAGAAGGGAAUGGACCGCGGCCUGUACCCCACCUACUUUAUGCACCUGGAGAGAGAGGACGGCAGGAAGGUACGUAUGACCUCACAUCCUGUCAUGGUGGAUUAACAUGGAGACGACACCUAGAUAGAUUUACAGUCAAGAUAGGUUUCUUUUACCAUCUUAUUCCACGGGCCUGUUUAAUUUUAUUUUCCUUAAUAGCUACAUUUGAAAUGGUAUGAGAAUAUCAAGGAAAAGUAACGCCUUUUUUGAUGGUGAUUAAAAUGAUGGUUUGUGAGUUUCCCUCUCACCCUGAGUUUACUCUCUGUUUCACCCAGCUGUUUCUGCUGGCUGGGAGGAAGAGGAAAAAGAGCAAGACGUCCAACUACCUGAUCUCAGUGGACGCCACGGACCUGUCACGCGAGGGAGAGAGCUUCAUGGGGAAACUGAGGUAGGACGGUCAAACUAAACCAACUUGAAACAAGAACCCACAAAACCAAAGGAAAAACCGACAGUUUAAAUAUGGCUCCCAAUCAGAGACAACCAGCAAACAGCUGACACUCGUUGCCUCUGAUUGGGAGUCACUCAGGCCAACAUAGAAAUAGGGAACAUAGAUCUACACACCCUGGCUCAACAUAACAGUGUCCCCAGAGCCAGGGCGUGACAGUACCCCCCCCCUAAAGGCGCGGACUCCGACCGAGCCAACUACAUACCACAGGGGAGGGACCGGGUGGGCACUCCGCCUUGGCGGCGGAUCCGGCUCUGGGCCCGAUCCCCACUUCCUCUCCAACCCCCCAAAGUACCCCUGGUCCGGUCUGGCCCCGCUGGCCGGAGCCGGACUGACGACACGCACCCCUGGCUUGGUGCGUGGAACAGGAACGGACCGGACCGGGCUGACGAUGCGCACCCCUGGCUUGGUGCGUGGAGUAGCAACUGGCCGGACCGGGCUGACGAUACACACCCCUGGCUUGGUGCGUGGAGCAGGAAUGGACCGGACCGGGCUGACGAUACACACCCCUGGCUUGGUGCGUGGAACAGGAACGGACCGGACCGGGCUGACGAUGCGCACCCCUGGCUUGGUGCGUGGAGUAGCAACUGGUCGGACCGGGCUGACGAUACGCACCCCUGGCUUGGUGCGUGGAGCAGGAAUGGGCCGGACUGGGCUGGCGACGCGCACCACAGACUUGAUGCGUAGAGCAGGAACGGGCCGGACCGGGCUGGCGACGCGCACCACAGACUUGGUGCGGGGAGCAGGAACAGGCUGGACCGGGCUGGCGACGCGCACCACAGACUUGGUGCGGAGAGCAGGAACGGGCCGGACAGGGCUGACGAAACGCACCACAGAUUUGGUGCGGGGAGCAGGAACAGGCCGGACCGGGCUGGCGACGCGCACCACAGGUUUGGUGCAUGGAGCAGGAACAGGCCGGGCCGGGCUGGCGACGCGCACCAUUGGCUUGGUGCGGGGAGCAGGAACGGGCCGGACAGGGCUGACGAAACGCACCCCAGAUUUGGUGCGGGGAGCAGGAACGGGCCGGACCGGGCUGGCGACGCGCACCAUAGGUUUGGUGCGGGGAGCAGGAACAGGCCGGGCCGGGCUGACGACACGCACCACAGGCUCGAUGCGAGGAACAGGAACAGGCCGGACCGUACUGGGGACACACACCACUGGCCCUACGCAGGGAUCAGGAACGGGCCGGACCGGACUGGUAACACACCCCAGUACCUCUCGCCGUGCCUCCACACUUUCCCUCUCCUCUGUGACCAGUGGCCCCCUUAACCUGGCGGCCUCCUCUGCACACCCGCUGGACCGCUCCAUCGCGGCAUCCUGCUGCCCCGUCGUCCACGUCGUGAGCCCCCCCCUAAAAAUUUUCUGGGGUUCUCUCCUCCCCGUGGACCAGGCCUCCCUAGUUCUCGCCAGACUCUCACCCCACUGCUUCAAAGUCCAACCUCUCUGCUCUUCACUUGGCUUGGCCCAGUCGAGACUCUUAAUCCAUUGUUCCCAAGUCCACUCUCUCCGCUCUUCACUCGGCUUGACCCAGUCGAGGCUGCCACGGAGAUCUGCUAGGGAUUUCCCUGGUGAUGGCUCCUCGACUCGCUGCUUGGUCCAGUUUUGGUGGGUUCUUCUGUUACGAUCGUCAGGAACAGAUGAGGACCAAGGCGCAGCGUUGCAGGCAAACAUACUCUUUAUUGAGCGUAAACACGAUCAAAACAACAAAGACGGUAACGUGACAGUUCACGGUCAAACUAAACCAACUUGAAACAAGAACCCACAAAACCAAAGGAAAAACCGACAGUUUAAAUAUGGCUCCCAAUCAGAGACAACCAGCAAACAGCUGACACUCGUUGCCUCUGAUUGGGAGUCACUCAGGCCAACAUAGAAAUAGGGAACAUAGAUCUACACACCCUGGCUCAACAUAACAGUGUCCCCAGAGCCAGGGCGUGACAACCAUAUCUCACUCUGUCACAACUCUGCUAAAUAUAAUUCUAAGUCCUUGCUGAUAAACAAUUUCCAUAUUGUUUUGAGCCCUCGGCUGCAUCUGAUAACCCUAUUGGGUGUGAAGUGGGAUUGUGAGUGCUGGAGGGACACUGUAGACUCUAAUGUGAUUGGUCUGGUCAUCCUGCAGGUCCAACCUGAUGGGGACCAAGUUCACGGUGUAUGACCACGGCACCAACCCCUGUAAGAACCCUGGAGCUCUGCUGGAGGAGAGCAACACACGACAGGAACUCGCAGCCAUCUGCUAUGUGAGUGUACACACACACACACACACACACACACACACACACACACACACACACACACACACACACACACACACACACACACACUAAUAUAAUUGAACCCUGUCAGGUUGUGUGACAUUCUGAUCUCCUGUGUUCUCUCUACAGGAGACCAACGUUCUGGGGUUCAAAGGUCCCCGCAAGAUGACCGUCAUCAUCCCAGGCAUGAACAUUAACUUUGAGAGGGUCCCCUGUCCGCCCAAACAGCGUACGUAUCAGUCCCAGGGGACUGAACAAUUCUAUGCACUUCUCCUAACACUUGUAGUCACUGUUCUUGUUAUGCACAGGAAGGGAGAGGGGCGUGUCAGAGGGCAUGAUUGAUUUAAGACUCUGGCAUUCUUACAACUUGAAAUAGCAAAAUAAUAAUGAAUAAUGGAGUGAGCAUUGAAGUCAACAAUGUAAUGGAAACUGAGGCUAACCCACUAAGGGCUGUGAGAUGUGUGGUCACUGGUCAGUGACGUCAGAUCAGAUGGUUUGGAUGUCUGGGUCAUAUUCAUUAGGGCACGCAAUGGAAAACCUUUUUUAAAACGCUUUGCAACGGGAAACUAAAUUGAGCGUUCUUAUUGGACAAGUCAAGGUUGUCCCUCCCUGUUUCAGUCCUAUUUCUUCCGUUUGGUGCCUAAUGAAUACGACCCUGUUGGCUGUGUGUGUUUCCAGGAGCAGGAGAGCCUUCUAAGUAAGUGGCAGAACCACUCACUGGAGAACCUGAUCGAGCUGCACAACAAGGCCCCCGUGUGGAAUGACGACACCCAGUCCUACGUGCUCAAUUUCCACGGCCGCGUGACACAGGCCUCCGUCAAGAACUUUCAGAUCGUCCACGACAACGACCGUGAGUCGAUCCGUCAGUGCUUCUCUCGACUCUUUCUUUCCUCUUUCUCUUUUUCACACUCUCUCUAUUUCUCCUCUCUCCCUCCCUCUCUCUCUCGCUCCUUGGGUAGAAUGGAAUAAUGAUUUCACAUUAUUGAAUCAUCUCUUCUCUCUUCCCUCAGCGGACUACAUCGUGAUGCAGUUUGGCAGAGUGGCCGAGGACGUAUUCACCUUAGACUACAACUACCCCAUGUGUGCCCUGCAAGCCUUCGCUAUUGGCCUGUCCAGUUUCGACAGCAAACUGGCCUGCGAG